AUGUACAGGAUGCUGCUCAAGGUGCCUCAGAAGCUGCUGCAGACGGCACACUACAUCGAGCUGGGCAGUUACCAGCACUGGCCCGUCCUCAUCCCACAGAGAAUACGACUGUACACCUAUGAGCAGAUACCCCCGUUCCUCAAGGAGAACCCUUACAUCACCGACGGCUACCGGGCCCACCUGCCCUCCAAACUCUGCCUCAGAAGCAUUUUCAUCAUGUCUAAUGAGACUGUGAACAUAUGGAGCCACCUGCUGGGCUUCCUCCUCUUCUUCUCUCUUGGAGUCAAUGACCUGUGCACUGUGCUGCCGGCCUCUGGAGCCAACAGGGAGGACUACGUCAUCUAUACCAUCGGACUAUUCUGCUUCCAGGUGUGCAUGCUGUGCUCUGUGGGGUACCACUUGUUCUCGUGCCAUUGCUCAGAGAAAACCUGCCGCCGCUGGCUCUCGCUGGACUACGCUGGCAUUUCUGUGGGCAUCCUCGGCUGCUACGUUCCCGGGAUCUUCUAUGCCUUCUACUGUGAUGCUUUCUGGCGGCAGGUGUACCUGGGGACCGUGCUGUCCCUGAUCCUGGCCGUGUUCUGCGCACAGGUUCACCCUCACUACCUGAGCAACGACUGGAAGAAGAUCCGCAUGGGCAUCUUCUGCUGCGUGGCCGGGGUCAGCGUGGUGCCCGCCUGCCACUGGGUCUGCCUCACCGAUGGAUUAGCCUCUGAUAUCGUGAAGCUGUUCCUGCCCCGAGUGUUAAUCAUGUACCUAAUCGCUGGAUCGGCGUUCCUCUUCUACGCCACAAAGAUUCCUGAACGUUAUUUCCCAGGUCAGUUGAACUACGUGGGCGCCAGUCACCAGGUCUGGCACAUUCUGGUGGUGCUGAUGUUCUACUGGUGGCACCAAACCGCUGUUUACAUAAUGAGGUUCAGACACAGCCAGCCGUGCCCGCCCCAGAGCCGCAGCAGCUAA